AGACGGAGUACUAGUAGCGUUUUCCCUGGUUUGGAGCUGUGUUCACAUUCUAAUAUUCUUUCCCAGUGCAAAGAAAAAGUUAUACUGGAAAAUGAAGUUGAACACCUUUUUUGGUGAAAGCAAAUUUCAGAACUGUAAAGCUAUAUGUACAAAUGGGAAUGAUUAUUCUGCGAAGACUAAAUGUAAACUCCAAAGAGCAGUCUUCUCUUCUUCCUGACAUCAUCAUCAUCUCCCAUGGAUUCUCUCCCACAGUUGUUUAUUCUACUUGUCAUCUUCACUCCAUCUGUGGUGUGUCAAAUUGCAGAGUUCAUCAGUAUUGAUUGUGGAGGCACAAGAAAUUACACAGACUCAAAAACUGGCUUAGUGUGGAAUUCCGACAAUGGGAUGAUAGGUCAUGGGAAAGCAGUGGAAGUAAACAACAGCAUAAAUGGGAGGCCACCGCAAUACCAGACAAAGAGAGAGUUCCCAGCUGAUAGCAACAAAUAUUGUUACACAUUAAGAACAAAAGAGAGGAGGCGGUAUAUAAUAAGAGCUACCUUCGUGUAUGGAAACAUUGGAACAGAUGGAAUUUACCCCAAAUUCCAGCUUUACCUGGAUGCUACGAUGUGGGCAACUAUAUCUAUCGAAGAUUCUUCAAGGAUAUAUGUGGAGGAAAUGAUCAUAAGGGCUCCCUCAAACUGGAUUGAUGUGUGUGUGUGCUGUGCAACCACAGGGUCUCCCUUCAUUUCCACUCUUGAACUCCGUCCAUUGAACUUGUCCAUGUAUGCCACAGAUUUUGAAGAUGAGUUCUUCCUCAAAUUGGCUGCAAGGGUCAACUUUGGAGCUAUGACUGAUGAUGUAGUAAGGUACCCUGACGAUCCUUAUGAUCGCAUAUGGAGUUCUGAUCUCAACACAAGACCAAAUUUUCUAGUAGGAGUGGCCCCCGGUACAGAAAGAAUAAACACUAGUAAGCACAUAAACACAAACACAAGAGAGUAUCCGCCUGUCAAAGUAAUGCAAAGUGCUGUUGUUGGAAAUAAAGGGAGUCUAAGCUACAGGUUAAAUCUUGAAGACUUUCCAGCCAAUGCUAGAGCUUGUGCCUACUUUGCUGAGAUUCAGGACUUGGGUCCAAACGAAACCAGGAAAUUCAAAAUGGAACAGCCUUAUAUUCCCGACUACAGCAACGCUGUGGUCAACAUAGCUGAGAAUGCGAACGGGAGUUACACUCUAUAUGAACCUAGCUACAUGAAUGUUUCGUUUGAUUUUGUUCUGUCAUUCGCCUUCGCGAAGACCCAUGACUCAGUUCUUGGACCGUUGUUAAAUGCAAUGGAAAUAAGCAAAUAUGUAAAGAUUGCUGCUAAGACGGAUCAACUAGAUGUGAAUGCUCUAGAUGCUAUAAGUUCCAUGUCAGUGGGAAGUAACUGGACAGAAGAAGGUGGCGACCCUUGCAUUCCCACACUAUGGGAAUGGGUGGAGUGCAGCACAGCAACACCUCCAAGAAUCACCAAAAUUGCACUAUCGGGAAAGAAUCUGAAGGGUGAAAUUCCACUUGAGAUCAAUAACAUGGAAGGUUUGACGGAGUUGUGGUUGGAUGGAAACUUCUUAUCUGGAUUGAUCCCUGACAUGAGCAAGCUUAUCAAUUUGAGAGUCCUACAUCUGGAGAGAAACAAUCUGACUGGUGCAAUACCUGCUUUCUUAGGAAGUAUGCCAAGAUUACAGGAACUAAAUGUAAGCCACAAUAGCUUAACAGGAGAAAUACCAUUACCUUUGCUAACAGGAAAAAUUAACUUCAGAUAUGAAGGCAAUGCUCACUUGCAAUAUAGAACAAAUAGAAAGCAACACAACAAACUCCUAAUUGAAGUUUCAGUAGGAUUGCUUGCAGUUCUUGUCAUUGUAUUCAUAGUUGGUGUGCUAUUAUUGUGUUACUUUAGAUCUAAAGCUUAUCAUCAAGGAAGUGAAGCUGAAGGUACUUAUUUACCCAGUAGCACAAAGCCUUCAACUCGUUAUGAUAUUGGUCGGGUUGGAUCAUUAGUGGAUGAUGGUGUGACAUGCUUUAUUUCACUUGCUGACAUAGAAGAAGCAACUGAAAGAUUUGCAAAGAAAAUUGGGAAGGGAAGUUUUGGACCUGUUUUCCAUGGAAAAUUAAGAGACGGGAAGGAAAUAGCAGUCAAACUCAUGGCGGAUCCAUCAAGUCAUGGAACCAAACAAUUUUUCACAGAGGUUGCGCUGUUAUCAAGGAUCCAUCAUAGAAAUUUGGUGCCUUUGAUUGGAUACUAUGAAGAUGGGUAUCAAUGCAUGCUUGUCUAUGAGUAUAUGCAUAAUGGAACAUUAAGGGAUCAUAUACAUGAUCCUAGUAAUGGAAAGCAUCUGGACUGGCUAGAACGAUUGCGAAUUGCCCAAGAUGCAGCAAAAGGUCUUGAAUACUUACAUACAGGAUGCAACCCCAGUAUCAUCCAUAGGGAUGUUAAAACAAGCAACAUUCUCCUUGAUAUCAAUAUGCGUGCAAAAGUAUCUGAUUUUGGACUAUCAAGGCAAACUGAAGAUGAUUUGACACAUGUAUCAAGUGUGGCACGAGGAACAAUUGGCUACCUAGAUCCAGGGUACUAUGCAUCUCAGCAAUUAACAGAAAAGAGUGACAUUUAUAGUUUCGGGGUUGUGCUUUUGGAAUUAAUUUCUGGGAGAAAGCCAGUCUCAAGUGAGCAAUAUGGAGCUGACUGGAGCAUUGUUCACUGGGUGAGAUCACAGAUCCACAAAGGCGACGUGGUUAGUAUAAUAGACCCUACAAUAGCAGGAACAGUUAAAGCUGAAUCAAUAUGGAAGAUAACAGAAGUGGCAAUUCAAUGUGUUGACCGGCGCAGCAGCUCAAGGCCAAGGAUGCAGGAAAUCAUAGUGGCCAUACAGGAUGCUAUCAAAAUUGAAAUGGGACUUGACAAAUCAGCGUCUACAGGGAGUUCGCGGAAUCAAUCUUCCAGAAAAACACUCUUAACGAGCUUUCUGGAUAAUGAGAGCCCCAGUUUUUCUAGUAGUUCAGUAAUCCCUUCUCCUAGAUGAUCAUCUACCAAAACCAAAGUUCUGAUCUUUUUUUGACAUCACAACUUACGCCAUUCGAGAGGAUGUUUACAAAUUAUUACUAUAACAGUAUAACACUAACUAAUAUAUGGGAGUCACCAAUACCUCUAUCAGCUGAUGAUAUCAAAAUAAUAUCAAUGUUAAGGUAU